AUGAAGAAGCUGAGGGAGAGUUGGUGCACUCAGAAGACCAUCUCAUUGCUGAGCCCCCUGGGGAAGAUCCAAGUCAGUGGAUGUGAGAAUGGUGUGCACACCAUCCGGAUCCUAAUGGAUGUCGCACCUGCUGAAAGGAGCUGUGCGGGCCCCCUGAGCUGCUGUGUGGUCGACGAUAGCCCCAGCGAAACGAGCCCCGAGUUGCAGUGCUGCGUCCAAUGGCUGCAGGCGUACUUCAGCUCGCCACGCACCAUCGGGACCCUGCCACUGCCCGCCUUACACCAUCCGGCCCUGCAAGGAGACGCCUUCACGAGCCGCGUGCUGCACACUCUGCUCAGGGACGUGAAGUUGGGCGAGACGGUGUCGUACAAGCGGCUGGCGGAGAUGGCGGGAAACCCCAGAGCGGUGCGCGCGGUGGGAGGGGCCAUGAGGAGGAACCCGGUUCCCCUCCUCAUCCCGUGCCACCGCGUCCUCCCCAGCAGCGGACAGAGCGGGGCAUACAUGGGAGGCAAGGGCAACCACCUCAAACAAUGGCUCCUCACCCACGAGAGCCAGUGA